AUGCCCGCACGUGCAUCCCAACGGACGCCACGAGGUACCACCUCUAAAUCGGAGCGACAAGUGACAAACAAAGAAAACCCACAGGAACAAGCGACGACAGCUCCAAAUGACUCCACACGGACCGACAUCCCAGAUGUUGUGGCGGAAGUACAGAAAGUGGAAGCUAUUUUAGCAAGAAGGCGUGAGACAAUGGGAGCUGGAAGUAAUGGAUUUACCUGUGGCACAUGGGUUGCUCUUGUGGUUUUAGAGGUACUCGCAUUUGUAUGGCUCAGUUGGGCGAUGGAUGUGUACGCCAUGUACCGUGGCGCUCGUCCUUAA